GAAAAUGGAAAACCAGAAGGUGAAUAUGUUUCACCAGAUGUGGUUUUUUGGUGAUUUUUAUACAUUUAUAUAUAAACAGAGUUUAUGUGAAGAAAUAAUUGUAAAGAAGUAAAGGUUGAAAAAAGAAAACACUCUCAGCCACAUUUUUGUUUUCUGAUUCAUAACUUCUAACUUUAGCUCUUAUUCAUUCAUACUCCAAAAAAAAAAACAGCCUAACAACAGUGACCUGCCCCCUACUGUCCUGUCUUGUCCACUCCCCCCACAUCCGGUCAUCCCUGCCGUCCGUCAUCACUGAGAAGUUACACUUCACUGAUAAGACUCAGAACAAUGGUCAAGGGUGAGCCAAGUGUCCAGACGCCGUGUGAAACAGGGAGUUUAUCAUAAUUGCUGUUAAUAAUUACAGUCGCGAUAAGACACCGCGCACCAGGCGUUUAUCGGUGCCAAAACGGUCCCAGGUUCCAGUUGACACCCAGGAACCGGAGGAGCGAGGAGUGAACGCAGGAGCUCCGGCUGUGGGACUGAUCGGUACUGAAGUGUCAGAGGAGCACGGACAGGAACCAGCACUUGUCCACGGACCAGAGGUGAAAAUGUUGCGACCGGCGUCCAAGCAGUACGUGGUGAGCAGGCCCGUCUACUCGGAGGAGUCCUUCGCCGAGGAGCACGAGAAAAGCUACAGGCAGCGCAGGACCAUGUUGGACCACGUCAAACAGUACUUCAGAUGUGACUCGAGGCGAGUCAAGAACGCCCUGAUCUCUCUCCUGCCCGUCAUUGGCUGGAUGAAAAUCUAUCCUGUGAAGGAGUGGCUGCUCAGUGACAUCGUGUCAGGGUUGAGUACUGGACUGGUGGCGGUGCUGCAAGGUCUGGCCUACUGCCUGCUGGCCAACCUGCCCCCCUGGUACGGACUCUUCUCCGCCUUCUUCCCCGUCGUCAUCUACUUCUUCCUGGGCACCUCCAGACACAUCUCUGUGGGUCCGUUCCCGGUCCUGUGCCUGAUGAUCGGCUCCGUGGUCACCAGGCUGGUCCCGGACGACGGCCCCCCCGCCAACAUCACGGGGUUCGAAGGCCUGGAAAGAGAGCAGCAGCGCGUCCUAGUGGCUUCAUCGGUGACCUUCCUGGUCGGACUCAUGCAGUUGGCCAUGGGCCUCCUGCAGGUGGGCUUCGUCGUCACGUACCUGUCCGACACCCUGGUCUCUGGCUUCACCGCGGCCGCUGCCGUCCACAUCCUGGUGUCGCAGCUGAAGUUUGUUCUGGGUCUUCAGGUCCCCGGCAUCAGUGGACCGCUGUCCAUCGUAUACACCCUGGAGAUCAUCUUCAACAAGAUCGCCUCCACCAACGUCUGUGACGUGGUCAUCUCCCUGGUCAUCAUGGUGGUGGUCUUCAUUGUCAAGGAAAUAAACGACAGAUUUAAAUCCAAGUUGCCGGUGCCAAUCCCUAUAGAGGUCAUCAUGACCGUUAUUACCUGCGGCGUCUCCUACGGCUUUGACUUCAAGACCAGAUACGGUGUAGAAGUCGUCGGCCAUAUUCCACGAGGGUACGAGCCCCCACUGGCCCCAACCUGCCAGGAGACGGCGGUGGAGGCCUUUCCUAUGGCCAUCGUUGGAUUCGCCGUGGCUUUUUCUGUGGCCAAAGUUUACUCAGUGAAACACGACUACACCAUAGACGGAAACCAGGAACUGAUCGCCUUCGGCGUCAGUAACAUCUUUGGAGCGUCCUUCAAGUCGUUCGCGGCGAGUACAGCUCUGUCCAGGAGUGCAGUACAGGAAAGUACCGGGGGCAAAACUCAGGUCGCUGGUUUGAUCUCAGCCAUCAUCGUGAUGAUCGUCACCUUGGCCAUCGGGUUUCUGCUGGAGCCUCUGCCCAAGUCAGUGCUGGGAGCGGUGGUCAUCGUCAACCUGAAGGGCAUGCUGCUGCAGGUCCGUGAAGUCCCGUACCUGUGGAGGAGAGACAAACCGGACUGUGUGGUCUGGCUGGGCACCUACAUCGGAGCCAUCCUGCUGGGACUGGACCUGGGCCUGGCCGUGGGUCUGGGUGUGGAGCUGCUCAGCGUGGUCCUCAGGGCUCAGUUUCCUCGCUGCAGUGUUCUGGCCAACAUACGGGGCACGGACCUGUACAGGGACCGGAAGGACUACGUCAAUAUGUACGAGCCGUGCGGCGUGAAGAUCUUCAGGAUUCCGUCUCCACUCUUCUUCGCCAACAUUGACUUCUUCAGGACCAAACUGGUGGAAGCUGUCGGGUUCAACCCACUCAGGGUGCUGAGGAAACGGAACAAGGCCCUGAGAAGGAUCCGGAAGCUUUUGGAAAAAGGUGACCUGCAGUGGACAUCAAACGGCUUCCUCAACGCCUCCUAUGGACCAAUAAAGGAGGACGAGGACGAGGACGAGGGCAGCACGGAGGAGCUGGACCGGCCCACGGACUUCAAGGAUAUUCCUGGCCGGAUCGACUGGAACGCUGAGCUUCCAGCCAACAUAAUUGUUCCUAAGGUGGACGUCCACAGCCUGGUGCUGGACUUCGCUGCCGUUUCCUUCCUGGACAUCUCGGCCCUGAAGGGACUGAAGACGUUGCUGAAAGAACUUGUUCGUGUUGAAGUGGAGAUCUACAUCGUUUCUUGUGAUGUUUACAUCCUGGAGAAACUCCACCACUGCAGCUUUUUUGACGGUGAACUCCAGCCCUCCAUCUUCUUCCUGACGCUCCACGACGCCAUGCUGCACAUCCUCAGCAAACACCCAGAGACGACGAAGACGGCGACGGAGAGGAGCUCCAACUUCACCAAGAUCCCAACCACAGCUACAGUUCACUAUCCUGGAGGCAGUCUGAGGACGGCAGACGGAGACGGAGGUGUCGCAGCGUCGGAGCCACACUUCCUGCUCUCUGAUCCUUACACCAAGUUCUGAGGUCCGACCGUGGCGACCACAGAUCCUGGAUGAAGACGUUUUGUACAAAAACUCACUGAAUUUUUGACUUAUUUACUAUUUACUGAAAUGUAAACAAAGUUCUGUCGAUGCUGUUUUCAUUCUGUACAUAGUCCUGGUAUUUAAAUGUUAGGUUCGUGAAUUUGCAGAUUUAUUUUUACUGUGUCAUUUUUUAAAAAAUGAUGUUAAAAUGUUAUUUGGUUAUUUUUCAGUUUGAUGUCGAGUCAGUGGAGAAAUAAAAAGUGUCAGGCUGACAGAGACGGUUCACGACUCCUCACUCUGUGUACAUAUAGUACUACAGACUACCAUCCAGCCAAGGCCAGUAUAUGAACUGCAGUAUUUAUCAACUAACUCACCACAAAAACACCAAAUGUCCCCACAGGGAUAGAUACACCUGCACAACACAGACACACACAUCCCUGAAACUAAUGAGAAUCAGAUUCCCCUUUCAUACCACUAGAGGGAGCCCAUGGACCACCUAGGAUAUGUGUACCGCAGUUUGAGAACCUGUGUUGCAGACACUAACGUUCCUCUGGUCCGGACCAGCCACGGCUGUUUUUGACAACUUU